AUGCAAUGGGGCAACCGGCCGAAACCAGUUUACAUUGUGGAUAAUAUAAUCCUUGACUGGGGCCAUGAAGUGGUUCGCUUGCCCCUUGCCCAUCCUGAGCUCAACGCCAUCGAGCAGGUGUGGUGCUGUAUGAAACGACAGGUGCGCUCCUCGUUGCAGCGGUUUACCCGUGCUGAUCUCUUUGCCAGGCUUGAAGAGGCCAGGCUUGCUGUAACAGGGGAGAGGUGGGCUGGCGCUGUCAGGAGAUCAAGAUAUUUUGAAGAUGAUUACUGUCUUUCAGAUAAUAUUCAAGACAGUAUAGAUCCAGUAUCAUCAACAUUGAUAGUGACGAGGAAAACGAUCUUUUCCUUGAGACUGAUGAUGACCAUGGAUGUGUUGAGUGAAGAGAUCAGGAAUGAGGAGUUGUGGGAAUUGUUGUACUCAAAUGAUCUGGUGAUUACUGCCGAAAAUGGAGAAGGCCUACAGAGAAGGGUUCAAGAGUGGCAGGAGUCUAUAGAGCGGAGUGGCUUAAAUUCGAAUGUGAAUAAAACAGAGGUUUUGGUGAGCAGAAUAGCAAUGCAAGAUAUAAGAGGCCUGAUUAUAAAGCAAAUGGAAAAGUUUAAAUGCUUAGGAUCUACUUUAAGCCAAGAAGGAAGAUGUGAGGCUGCAUGGGGGAAGUGGAGAGAGGUAGCUGGAGUGGUAUGUAAUAAGAAAAUGCCAAUCAAGCUAAAAGUCAAGAUCUAUAGCACAGUGAUGAGACCAGUGUUAACAUAUGAAUCGGAUACAUGGGCUCUGAGAAGAAAAGAGGAAGUAAAGCUUGAGAGAACAGAGAUGAGUAUGCUGAGGUGGAUUAUGGGAAUAUCACUGCUUGAGAGAUUGGAAAAUGAUGAAAUAAGAAGGGCAGGCAGGAUUAGUAAAGAUUACAGAGGUAAUAAGGGAGUCACUAUUGAGGUGGUAUGGGCAUUUGUUUAG